UGGGUCAAUAAAGUUUUUCAAAAGCUCUUUUCGUUUCAAAAUGGCGGACUACGAUCUUACCACCAAGAUCGCGCAUUUUUUAGACCGGCAUUUGGUCUUUCCGCUGCUGGAAUUUCUAUCUGUCAAAGAGAUCUACAAUGAGAAAGAACUUUUUCAAGGGAAGUUGGAUCUUCUCAGCGAGACAAACAUGGUUGACUUUGCCAUGGAUGUAUACAAGAACCUCUAUCCGGAUAAAGACAUUCCACAUUCCCUAAGGGAAAAAAGAACGACAGUAGUGGCCCAGCUGAAGCAGCUCCAAUCUGAGACUGAACCCAUUGUGAAGAUGUUUGAAGAUCCAGAGACUCAGAGACAGAUGCAGUCCACCAGGGAUGGGAGGAUGCUGUUUGAGUAUUUAGCAGAAAAACAUAGUUUUCGUCAGGAAUAUUUGGAUACGCUAUACCGCUAUGCCAAAUUCCAGUACGAGUGUGGAAACUACUCGGGUGCUGCCGAGUAUCUUUACUUCUUCCGUGUACUAGUUCCCUCCACAGACCGGAACGCUUUAAGCUCUCUCUGGGGGAAACUGGCAUCUGAGAUCCUCAUGCAAAACUGGGAGGCGGCCAUGGAGGACCUGACCCGUUUACGAGAGACCAUCGACAACAACUCGGUUAGUUCACCUCUUCAGUCUCUGCAGCAGAGGACGUGGCUCAUUCACUGGUCUCUGUUUGUCUUCUUCAACCAUCCCAAAGGCAGAGACAACAUCAUCGAGCUCUUCCUGUAUCAACCCCAGUACCUGAACGCAAUUCAGACCAUGUGCCCCCACAUUCUACGCUACCUAACCACAGCCGUCAUUACCAACAAAGACGUGAGGAAACGACGGCAGGUCCUCAAAGACCUUGUUAAGGUCAUCCAACAGGAGUCGUACACGUACAAGGAUCCCAUCACGGAGUUUGUGGAGUGCCUCUACGUUAACUUUGAUUUCGACAGCGCUCAGAAGAAGCUGAGAGAAUGCGAGGCGGUGCUGGUGAACGACUUCUUUCUGGUAGCCUGCUUGGAGGAUUUCAUCGAAAACGCCCGUCUGUUCAUAUUCGAGACGUUCUGUCGGAUCCACCAGUGCAUCUGCAUCAGCAUGUUGGCGGAUAAGCUGAAUAUGACCCCUGAGGAGGCUGAGAGAUGGAUCGUCAACCUGAUCCGCAAUGCCAGACUGGAUGCCAAAAUCGACUCCAAACUGGGUCAUGUGGUGAUGGGCAACAAUGCUGUGUCGCCGUAUCAGCAGGUGAUUGAGAAGACCAAGAGCCUAUCCUUCCGUAGUCAGAUGCUUGCAAUGAACAUUGAGAAGAAAAUAAGCCACAGCAGCCGAAAUGAGACACCAAACUGGGCGGCUCAAGACUCUGGAUUUUAUUAGACCAGCAACCAAAAUCAAAACAGUGGAUCAACCGUUAUGUUCAUCAAUCACAACUUAGUAUUUUACUAACUUUUACCUAAGUUUGUUUUACAUAGGAUCAUUUUAGAAAAGACUGUUGCCGACAUUUCCACAGCGUGAUGAGGGCUGUGGAGUUCUGGGAUGUUAAAUUCUGACAGAACAUUUUAUGGGUUCUUUAUGACUGAGAGACCUGAACGUUUUAAGUGAAUAUUCCAAUUGUAUGUCAUCUCAAAAAACAUUUUCCGUUCGCAUACACCAAAAUAAACACAAAGUGUUUAUUCGCAUGCUGAGUUCACAUGCAUUUUGCUGAUGCUUUCAUCAAAAGCGACUUUGGUUUAUUAGGAUGUGUAUUCUUGCCGAAUGAAUGCAUAACCUUGGCAUUGUGAGCACCAUGCUCUAGAUGCUAUUAGAUGCUUUCAUAAUCUUAACCUGCUUCACAUUGAAUUUUAAGGUAUGUAAAGUGAAGUGUGUAAUUGUUGUAAAAUUGUGAUUUUUUUAUUCCGAACAGGUUUCUACCUGACCUCUGUCUGCAAUACUUUGUGUAAACCAUUCAAUGCCAUUUUAACAGGUAGUCCUGUUCUAAGCUGGCAUUCUAUAUAAAUAAUAAUCAAAACUAACAUUUGUUUUGUAUUUUUGCCAUCUUAUUCAAGUCAAAUAAACUUGUUUAGAUAUGUAGGAAUGAUUAGGGUUCCUAUGCAUUUUUGAAAAUUAUAGAAAAGUAUGUAAUUAGAUUUGCGUAAUUUCCAGGUCUGAAUUAGUAUGGAAAAUGUUUUUGUUUUUUCAGACUAUCGCCCAUAUUUGUCUUUACCAUAAGCGAGGCUCCUUUCUUACUUCCGCUUAAUGAAUGAGCGCGUGCCUCUGCAUCACAUAAAUCUGCAACGUGAAGGGAACGUUCAAUUUUAAACCCCGAUUAUCGUCUCAAACUAGUUGAAUAUAUGCAGGUUCUAAAGCAUUUUAGGUUUCUUCUCGUAUUUUAAGCAACUGAAGAAUGCUGUGAACAUGUAAAAUGCGCCUCUGUACUUCGCCAGAGAAAUGGAAUUUACAGAUGACUAUAGGCUACUCUACAAUAUUGCACUAUAUUUUCACUAUUUUAUUUAGUAGUUCAAUAAUGUAAAACGGUCAAAUGAAUUUUGAAAUAAAAAUGUGUGGGAACAAUGUUGGGUGUAACUAGUUACUAAGUAAUUAGUUACUGUAAUUUAAUUACUUUUCCCUUGAAAAAGUAAAGUAAGGGAUUACUCUUAUUUUUUCUGUAAUUUAAUUAGUUACUUUUGAUGUAAUUAAACUAAAUAUUUUGUGUAAUAUAUGUGUGUGCAAUAGUGGAAUUGACAUCAA